AUGGCGCUCGUCAGUUAUUCGGACUCUGAAGCUUCAGACUCAGAAUCUCACAAGCCGACUGUUGCGACCCCUUCGACGACGACCUCAAAGCCAUUCCAACCACUGGUUGAUCGAAGCAACCCACGCAAAAUUCUCGUGAACCUGACAGACUCGAAACCGAUUAACGAUGAAGUCGAGGAUUCUGCGCCAUCAGAGGGCCCGGCGCGAAAGCGGGCCAGGAUAGGUGGCGGUGGUUCUUUCGCCGGGUUUAAUGCGAUGCUUCCAGCGCCGAAACGCUCGCUUCCGGAUAAGGAUGGCAGGAAGCCGUCCACUGCUGCGGCGCCACGAAAGGUUUUCAGCCUCAAAACAAGCGCUACUCCAGGGUUUGCAAGGGAACCCGACAUUUCUGAAGAUAACGAUAAUGAGGAUUAUCCGGAUGGCGAUUUGCCAACGAAGAAAGUUGAACCAGUGGUGGAGAAGAAGGGCAAUCCCAUGAUGUUUAAGCCGCUAUCAGUUGCGCGAAACGCGAAGAAAAAACCAAAAGCGCCUCCGCAAAAGCUAACAAACGUUGAACUAGAUGGUGACGCGUCACAAAAGGAGGCUAGGAUACUAGAGCCGCCAAAACCGAAGCCCAAAGUGAACUUAUUCGGGCUUUCGAGUAGCGAAUCCGCUCCUCAGGCGACGGAGACUCUCUCGCAACAGGCGCAAUACGAGCCACUAAUAUAUGCACCUACCGCCGAAGCCACACUCACCCCAUCCACGAAUGCACUAGAGACACAGCAGCUAGGCUCGACUGCUCCCCCCGAGCAAGCCAACUCACUCGCAAACAUAGCUAAUGACUUGAAUCUCUCUCAGUCAGAAAUCCGUCAGCUCAUGGGACGAAAAGGUCGCGCAGCUGCAGCCGACGCUAAGAUCCUUACUUUCAAUACUGACGAGGAGUAUAAAUCUAAUUCGGCUUAUCUAGCCUCGAUGACUGAAGAAGAACUCGUCGCCCAGCAACGUAACCCUGUCCGCUCAAUUGCCCCUGGCAAACAUAGCUUGCAGCAGCUGGUAAACGCUGCAAGCAACCAGCGUGACGCAUUCGAAGAUAGUUUCGUUGCUGGAAAGAGGAAUCGACAAGAGGCGGGCUCGAAAUAUGGGUGGUAG